AUGACUACUGCAAUACCAAGAUCAUCUCAUGCAUCUAUAAUAACGGGGUCAACUUCGGAUCCAUUUAGACAAAGUUAUCAGGCUCACAAACAUUCGGAUAGUUUUGGUUCGAAUCUAUCGUCAACUCAAAAUAAAGUUUAUUCAAGACCAUUAUCAACAUCAAACCCCUUUGAGAUCAUAUAUACAGAUGAAGACUUUACUACAACUCAUACCAAGCAACAACAGCGACAGCAAAAGCCAUCAAACCCAAGUGUGAUACAGUCGGGUUCAGAUGCUAUUAUUCCUCAAGAGUUGUCAAUUCAAUUACCUCAAAACCAAUGGCAUAAUUCUGAAAAUUAUAAUUUGAUAUCUCAUAAUAUUAGUACCGGUGGUGGAUCUUUUAAUCUUUUGAAAGACCCUUCAAAAAGUAGUGUCGAAAGUAAGGUAAACCAAAAUCAUCAUCCUAUAGUUACGUUAAUUGAUCCAGAUUCAAUUAAACGAUCUGGUUCUCAAUUAUCAAGGCUGGCUACAAUGAGAAAUAGAAAUAAAAUUAAGCUGAGAAAUAAGACAGUGAAUAGAAAAGAAAUACAUAAAGGGUUCGUUCUUGACGAAAGAAACUUCAACAUCAGUAACAAUGAAAAAUUAGGUGGUUUAUCAUCCAAUAAUUCAUCCCCUCCAAGAUCACCAAAGUCUUCCAAUUCCAUAUGGCCAAAAUUCAUAUUUCCAGUGUUACGAAAAAAAUCAUUAAAAUAUCAAUCAGUUUCUAAAUCUAUACCAAAUUUUAAAAAUGAAGAUCAAUUCCGAAAUUUUAUAAAUUCUACAAAUUAUAACGAAAAAGUUUUAUCUAUGUUGCCACAUAGAAUCAAAAUGUGGAAUUUUACGGAACCUUUACAUCCACAUCCAUUAUUGAAUUAUAAAGUCAUUAAAACCAAUAAAAUUGAGCCCAAAUUACAUAAUCAUCAUCGACAUUCAAGAUCAAAUUCAAUAAAUCUAAUGGAUCUGUUAUAUUCAUGUUAUAGAUCAAAAGUUUUUCAAUUAAAUCAACAAUUGAAAAGUCAUCCAAGUGGGAAAUUACAAAAAUAUCAAAUUAUUCCACCUAAAUUUCAAAAAUUAUAUCCACAAGAUUCAAUACUUUUGUCAAAAAAGGAAUUGAAUCGAUUAAAUUUGAAUUUAGCUGUUGAAAUAUUGUUGAGAAGAACAGUAGCUGCGAAAAUGGAAUAUAGGUUGAAACAUAAUGGACUUGACUUUAAUAAAGUUGAUCAAAGUUCGUCUUCAAUAUUUUCAUCAUCAUCAGCAUCCUCAUCUUUGAAUUCAAGCUCAAGUUCAAGUUCAAGUUCAACUUAUGAAACUCAUGAUAUUGAAUCUUCAGCUUCCUCAACUUCUUCAUCCAAUCCAUCAAAUCACCCUCAAAAAUCAAAAUCUCCAAAAGAUAGUUUGUCAUCAAAUAACUCGUCAGAUUUUUACAACAAUGAUGAUAUACUUUUACAGAAUCAAUCAAUGUUCAAUGAUUUGUUGAUCACUAAUUCUAAUCCGUCUUAUACUGAAUCUGGGAAUCACCAUAAGCCCCCAAAAUCACAUUCAAAUAAUUUGGAGGACAACCAGGCUCCUUCAGCUCCAACUCGAUUAAGAAAUCCAUUCAGCUUAGACCCUAGAGCAAACAGCUACGAUCAAUCAAUUGGAUUACUGCACCCAAAAUCAAAUCAAUCAUCAACGUCUCAAUUAGAUCUAAGUAAAGACGAUAAGUACAAUAAUAGUCGUAACAAUCUAAAUUCAUCAUUAUCACUAUCUUCCAUUACAUAUUCAAAUAAUCGAAAAUCAAAUUCUUUUUCAAAUUCAUUAUCGUCAUCAAUAUUAACAAGCACACAUAAACAACCAAAAAGAAAAUCAAUUAAUACAUCAAAUACAUCGUGUCAUUCAAUUUUAUAUGAUAAUGAUAAUGAUACUCAAAGUAAUGAAGCACAAUUAUUUAACAAUGAAUUAUCUCCAAAAAAUGAAAAUUUUCAUUGUUUAGUUAACGAUUUUAAGAUUGAUAUAAAUGAAUUAAGAGAUGAGACUAGAAAUUAUAAUUCAACAAGUCAUCUUAAACGAAGUUACAAAGUUCAUACCUUUGAAAAAUUAGGUAGUAAAAAAACAAUACCUGGUAAUAUCAUUGAUCCAGAUUCAAUAAUUAAAAAUAUGAAUGGGUAUGAUGAUUUAUAUAAAUAG